GUUGACCUUUGAUCUCCACAUCGGCAACAUGCCGCCCAAAAUUACCAAGAGAAGUCGUGUCUUCCAGAGUGACCGAUUUCGUCUGCUUCGCUCUCCCUCAGUAGACCCCGCCAGCUUCAACAGUCACAAUAGAAGCAACUCCCACCCCGCGUGCGAUCGGUGUCGAGGCAUGAAGAAGAGAUGUGAUAGGUCGCGUCCUGACUGUGCUUCAUGCAUUCACGCCGGUCGGAAAUGCUCGUACCCCGGUGGACGAGAUGAGGUGGAAGCGCUGCAGGCCCGACUGGAUAAGUUGACAGAACAUGUCAGAGAGCUUGAAGCAGUGCGAACACCGCAGGUUGGCUUGGCGCAGCGCCUAAUCGAGCCACAUGGGCCGGUUGCAAGUCCAAUUGUGUUGGUUGAGGCGUUCCUGCAUCAUGUUUACCGGGCGUAUCCUUUCCUCGAUAAGGAGAGGAUUUUGCGAGCGGCAGUGGACGUACCCAACGAUAGCCCUGAGGAUGACGCAAUGAUUUUGUACAUGGUGAUGGCAAUCGGCCAUACAAGUCUCGAGCGAUCAGGAAAGGCCCCAAGUGCAGAGACUGCCGGCUUUACGAUCGCAUAUGCCGAGAUCCUGCAGCGAUGCACUAUGGAGGAGAGCAUCUAUUCGGUUCAAAUCCUGAUUCUCUUGGCUUUAUACUCCCUUUUCGAUCCACAAGGCCCGUCCACUUGGACCAUUGUGGGCAUCAUCACUCGCCAAGCCGUGAGCCUGGGCCUCACUCGACCGGGGUUGUUGGAGGACGGCUUAACCCCACAGACCGUCCAGCUCCGUCGCCGCCUAUUCUGGAGUAUUUUUGUCCUAGACCGGAUGAUGGCGGUGUCAGUCGGGCAGUCCCCGGGUCUCACAGUUGAGGACGCCAUGAUUCCUUUGCCAACUAUCACGGUUGAAGAAUUCGCCACGCCAGAGAGGGCUGAGGUGGCUGCCAUGCUGCAAGUCAGUCGACAUGUUAUCGAGCUGCGCCAACUAGAAGCACGGAUUCUCUCCACAGUGCAUCUGACCGGCGGAUGUUUACCCGGGGAGAAAGCUCCCUUCGAUUGCAGCACCAUCACGGCCAAACUGCGGUUGGACAUAGAAGACUGGUACAGUCAAGGCUGCCUGAUCUCCCGACCGGAGCCUGACAAUGUGCGCGUACACGAUACCAUGGGCUGGUUAAAUGCGCGAUACUAUCAUUUGCUUCUGCUGCUGCAUUAUCCAUGUCGGUUUAAUGUUCGUUCCGACGUCAAUGGGAUCUUUCGUGUCAGAUCCCUGCUGGAACUGGUAAGGAAGUUUCUACAGUACAAUCGAGUUCUCCUUAGUAGCCGACAAUUGCCGUUGAACCGGAUCACGCUAAAUCGGCUGGUACCAGCCUGUUUGGUAUUGCUGCAUUGCUUUGCGUCCGACGCAGACUUGGCCGAUCCCAUCCGAAUCGAGACCCGAGUCUGUAUAGAUAUUCUAGGAAGCUUUCCACCACAGUGGCGACAGGCACAUCAUUUGGUAGGCAUAAUGCGAAAGCUAGAAGAAAUCCUUCCAGGGCCUGCUAUUGGUGUCGGUGAUGAUAGCGUGCAGUCAUCACGGCUGGAGAUGUUAUCCUUGCUGGGCGACACUCUAGGCCGGGCCAAUUGUUACCAGGAUAUCGUUAGCUGGGAAGAGCCAACGGGCCUCAGCUUCGCUCGGAUGGAGGGGCAGUCCCCGAAAUUUGCGCCACCCUUAUCUCGUUUGAACGAGCCAGACGUUGUUUGCUCUUUCUUCUAACUUCUCGUGGCUAGAACACCGUCGGCCCCGCUCCGAAGACGGGCGCUACUGCAGUUCCUAAUGGGGGAAUUUAUGUCGGAUUGCACCAUCUGCAAGAUGUAUGUUAUCAGUAGAAGUUACCUGAUGCGCCUUGUAUAAAGUCACGUCGAAUUCACGAUGGGACGAAAAGAUGUAUUGUGUCGCAACUGUACGAUGUCGUCGAUUGAUUCCGAUUCGGGGAAACGGCCUCCAGCGGUUGUCACGGAACUUCCGCCGCGGCGGCGACGAUGGGCGCU